ACCACGUACUUUGUUCUAGUGGGAGGAUCCGUCGAAGUUGUUUUAGUGGGAGGAUCCGUCGAAGAUGAAGAACUUUGCACUGUGGAAUGUCUUGACCCUGCAAAAGCAGAAGCUGUAUGGGAGUAUGUCGCUCCUAUGAGUACUCCAAGACAUGGAGCCGGUGUUGCAGUGCUCGACAACUUGCUUUAUGCUGUUGGUGGCUAUGAUGGGAGAACCUGGUUGAGCAGUGUCGAGAGCUAUGAUGCUGAACGAAACAAGUGGAUCCGUGUGGCACCCAUGCAGACAGCUCGACAAGGGCUCUCGGUAUCCGUACUUAAUGGAUGUUUGUACGCUAUGGGAGGAGAGCAUAACGAUCUUCCUUUGACAACAGUAGAA